GUAGACAUCGCAGCCAUCUUGUUUUAUUGACCGCUUUCAAUUUACUUGACGCUUCUUGUAAGUUUGGUCAAUUUGUGUCGUAAUUUUCGUUGAAUUUUGAUCGUCUUUUGAGUGUGUUUUUAAGUUGAAAAGUAAUCAUGGCAAAUAGAAGAAUGGGUGGAAUGGGGGGCGGUCCUCAUAGAGGAAAUCGCUCCUUUUCUCAGCACCAACCAUUUCAAGGAAACAAUGUUAACCCUUGGGGAAAUUCAAAUAAUUCUAUGAAUCCGGGGUUGAUUUCUCAAUUAACGUCCAACCCCCAGCAACUCGCGCUAGCUUUGUCUAGUUUGCUGCAACCUCAACAAGUGAAUCCACCAUCGUUGCUUUCUCUGAAUACAUCUCCAGGUUUUUCUAAUCAAGACCGUGAUCUAAAUCGGUUUGGAAACAGAGGCCGUGAUUUUAGACGACAUGAGCCUUACAAUAAGAACCGCAAUGGAGGCGGCGGCUGGCGUCCUAUGGACAACAACAGGAACCGAAACCAACAGCGCCGCGACGGUCCGAACCAGAACCGCGACCGUAACCGUUCGAACUCCAAAGCCGAAGACAAGAAGAAGCGCGACGAAAAGAAACCCGAAGAGAAGAAGAAGGAAGAUAACGCCGACUUGAGCGUUGACGAAAAUAACGAAGAAGGUAGCGAGAGCAAAAGAGAUUGGAAGGAAGAGAAGAACACGAAUGAUGAGAAGAAUCAGGAGAGUGGGGACGACGAGGAGAAGAAGGACAAGAGCAACAAGGACGGGAAGUAUUUCGAUGUUCCCCAGAAAUUCUUGAACUGCUUUGUGUGCAAUAAGGAGAUGUGGGAUGGAGAGUCCAUGCAGAAACACAUUAGAGGACGCGCGCACAAGCAAAUGCUGAACAGUUUGGAGGAGAGCAUCCAUUGCACCGUGAAAAUUUUGCGCGAAAACAUGCGCCUCCAAGAGGAGAAGAAAGUGAUCGAAGUGAAUCGCAUGCACCGCCUCAAGAAAUUCAGCAGGUACCAGGAGGUUGAGAGCCAUUGCAACAUGUGCGAUCUGAAGUUUUUGGGAAAAAUUCUCGCCCAUCGCAAGACUGAAGGUCAUCAGCGUUUGAAGCGCUACUUGCACCCGAACUGCAACAUGUGUGAAAAGGAAUUUCCCUCCAGAAUGGAAUGGGUCGAGCAUCGUUUGACCCCAGAACAUUUACGCACUAUGAGUACUGCGAUCGAGAAGAAAACUGGAGGCAAGGACGGCGAAAUCAUCAUUAAAGAAGAAGAGUUGGAUAUUGAACCGCUCUUGGAAGAACCACUGCAAUUGGAGGUGGAAAAUCCGAUUCUGGAACUGAGCGAUGACGUUUCAGGGCUACAAAACAUCAUUCCAGCUUUUAAGAAAGACCGCAAAGUGUCCACCCAGAGCUUGAAGCCAUUCACAGGGUUCGUGUGCGAACUGUGCGACAGAAGCUUCGUUAAUGAAGAUUUGGCACAGGACCAUUUGAAGACGCGCAGACAUUACUACGCGUUUAUUGAGGCCGCCAAGAAGAAGUUGCAGAAGCAGGAGGAUGAUAAGAAGAAGGAAGAGGAAGAGAAGAAGUUAAAGGAGGAAAAAGAUAAGGAGAAGAAGGAUGAAGAGACUGGGGAUAUGUAUGAUCCGGAAGAGGCUUGUAACGAGGAAGACGAAAGCGCAGUCAAGGAAGGAGAGGAGGAGGAGGUGGAGGAGGAGGAGGAAGAAGAAGAAGAAGAGAAACCGGAAGAAAACGGCGCCGCCGAUGAGUCUGCGGAGGCGGAAGUGGCCGAAACGAAAGAUGAAGUGGUGGAAUUGGAAGAGGAGGAGGUCGCCCCCAUCGAGGUGAAAGAAGAUAAACCGUCGCCCGGACGUCCGGUGCGAAAAUCGGUCGCUCGAAACGGAGCCGGACCCAAAAGCAAGAAGUUGCGACCCAAUGUCGAAGCACCUAAGGUUCAAAAGGAGCUUGGUGUACUUCUCGACAAGAAUUCCACCUUGUCGAACUUCCGCAUUCCGAAAAAGAAUGCGGCGCCGGCAAAGAAGCAAUCGUAAAUUUCAUUAGUUCUUUGUUCUAUUUUACAGUUUUUGUCGAAAUUGUUUACGUAGUUUUUUUGGUCGUCAGUAAUUAUUGGUCUAUAUAAUUUUAUAUAGCGACUGUAUUUAGUUAAACUUUUACACUAGGCAAUUUUUUUAUGAUACAAAAUAUUCAUAAUUAAUCUUGUAGUAUGUUUAAUAAUUUUAUCUACAACUAUAUUAUUCAUAAUUAAUUCAUUGAUAAUUAAUGUAAUAAACCUACAAUAUGUGUGAAAAUAUAUGUGUA